AUGUGCGUAAAAGCGUGUUCUCCGUGUAAGGUAGCAGUCGUGUCUUCAGUGGUUGUUAGCGUGGUUCUUAGCGUGGUUCUUAGUGUGGUACUGACUUUCUACGUCUUUGGGAAUUUUCAACUUGAUCGGGUUGCCACCGACGUAGACGCAGCCGAUAGUUGUAGCGGAAGAUGCGGGGAUAGCUUCAGCGGCAGUUACAGCUGCCAGUGCAACUCACAGUGUUCCACCUUCGGCGACUGUUGCAGCGACUACAACCAGUAUUGCUCGCCGGAAAAAUCCUGUGCCGGCAAAUGCUCAGCGAACUACGACGCGAGUCUGCCCUGCCAGUGCAACACACUUUGCCCCAACUACGGCAACUGCUGCAGCGAUUAUGACAGUCUUUGCAAUGGCGGUGGCACUGACCCUGACCCUAACCCUAACAUCCCGGCCGACAUAUCGGCCUUUGCUACGGCAAUCUGGGCGGCCGACGGCAAUCGUGCUGACGUCGGCAUUGACGUAAUCGUGAACCAUGGCAACUACAUCAGUAGCUCAUCCUCUCAGACCGAUGUGUCAUCUAGCAAACUCUUCACAUCCGUCGACGCCAGCGUCUUGGAGAGACCCACCUUCAAGGCUUUCAUCAAGCUCUUCGACAACUACAUCACCACCCAGGGCGGUACCGAGACCACGACCUCUGCAGAGCAAGCAGAGGAGGACGCCUUCAUGGACGCCAUCUUUAAUACCGCUGUGAUGACGCAGGCGUACGACUUCGUCAAGGCGAAGAACUACUACUCAGGAACCCUGAGCCAGUACAAGGAUUACAUCCGAGGACUUCUGUUCACGCACUACAACCGUAAAGGAACGCGCGAUUCCUCGGGCUUCGAACACGUCUUUGCUGGCGAGUGGUCCAGUAGUUCUUCGGUGUCUGGCUUCCAUAGCUGGGUCCGUAUGUAUCAAUUGGAAAAGGACGGAGACGCUAACUAUCACGGCUACAUGAAUAAAGGGCAGCACGGCAUUGUCAAGUUCCAGUUCAAGUGGUCGAACCGCGUGAAGCCCGUCACGUCCAUCAUGAUCGGCGCGAGUCCCGAGUUCGAAAUCGCUCUCUUCUCGACCUGUUUCCUCAAGUCGCCAAACUCCGUCUGCAAGGUGACGCUCAACGGCAGCAGUGCGAACGUUCAGACCUACGACUACAAGGGGGCCGCCGUGUUUGGAUCCGCCUAUUUCAUUGGUUAAAGGUCGCUUGAUCUGAACAGUGAUUGGUCAAAAAGAAAGUCAAAAUACAAAAUACACAUCGAUUAUCACAUAGCGUUUACCAUUAUGUAUAAAUGUCGCGUGACAUUUAU